GUAUUUAAAUACUCGUUUGGUAGAUCGAGUCUCAGUAGUCUUCCAUCGGACUACUCCUGUCUUAGACAGGCGUUAGGGAAUAGGUAGUUUUUAUGACAGAUUAAUUGUUCAAGUUUUUUACUUGUAUUGUUUUUAUCCUUUCCAUUAGAAUAAUAAUGUUUUUACAGAUAAUUUCAAAAUACUAGUUUACCUUUUAUGAAAAUAAUCAAGCAUUAAAUUGUCAACAUUAACUGCAGUGUAUUUCAAUUUAAUUAAAUAAAUCUAUAUAAAAUGUACCGUUAUUCAGAAAGUAGUAGUAGUGACAGUGAUGGAUUAAGUGGGAAUGAGAAGACAGUUGAUCUAUCACAUCGAUCACUUGAUUUUCAGACAUUAGCUCUCUAUUUUGAUGAAUACAAAAAUUCGGAAGAAAAUGAAUUUAAUCCUGAAGGAGUUCAUACCUUAAUAUUGUAUCAAAAUCAUUUAGUUGACGUACCUACUAAUAUUGCCAUAUUUCGCAACCUAAAAGUUGUGGACAUAAGCAGUAACAGACUUAAAAGGAUUCCUGACAUAUUACUCUCAUUUCCUCUCACUUCUCUAAUAGCAAAAAACAAUCUUCUUGAAAACGAUUCAUUACCAAAGUCAUUUGAAUCAGUCAGCAAAACUUUGACAAAUUUUAAUCUUAGUGGAAACAGUUUGACUUAUUUUCCUCCACAAAUACUGGAAGCCAAGAAUUUGUUAUAUGUGUAUCUUGGUGGCAAUAGGAUUGAAGAAAUUCCUAAUGAAAUCUCUAAUCUGUCAAGGCUCCAAGUUCUAAGUUUAGGUGGAAACCAUUUGAGUGAUAUACAUCCUGCUGUCGGUCAGUUGAAAGAUCUGAAAGCUCUGAUUUUGAGUGACAACCAGUUGGAAAGUUUACCAGCAGCCAUUGCCAACUUAAAAAACUUGAAAACACUACAACUGCACAAAAACCGACUUAGGACAUUACCAACUGAAAUAAUUUCUUUAAAAUGUCUGUCCGAGUUGAGCCUGAGAGAUAACCCUCUGGUGUGCAGUUUUGUGAAUGACAUGACCUAUAAUCCUCCAAGCCUAUUGGAAGUUGCUGCAAGGUCAAUCAAGGUCAACAGGAUACAGUAUGAUGCACGAGACUUGCCCUACAGUCUGCGUGAGUACCUCAACAGCGCUCACCACUGUGUCAAUCCCAAAUGCCAAGGUGUGUUUUUCGACAACCGAGUGGAGCACAUAAAAUUUGUGGAUUUCUGUGGUAAGUACAGAGUCCCUCUGCUCCAAUACCUGUGUUCGAGCAAAUGUAUCAUGAACAAUACGGCCAUCCAGCACCAUGGUCAUGCCGACAUGAUGAAGAAAGUACUUCUGGGAUAGCAAACAACAUAAUAUUACCUGAACAAAAAUACUCAUUUAUGUUAUUAUUACACUGUAAGGAAAAGGAAAUACUAUUAUUUAUAUUGUUAUAAUCAAUGUCUGAUUAGUUUUUGCUGAAUCCAAAGUCAUUCAAAGAGAACGUUUCGGUCUUCACUAUUGUAAAAUUUUAAAUCAUGACAAUGUACUACUGAACUUCUAAUGCCAUUUAGUAAAACUUCUCAGAUAAUAUUAUGCAAAAGCCUUUAAAUUGAUUUCCAAUUGGUUAUUCUUAUUUUAUACCAGUACCUGAUAAAAGCUGUGAUUGUUAAAACGUUUUAUAAAAAUAUUUAGUAUUUACUUUAAAAAAGCAUUAUGUUAUACCAAUUUUGCCUCAUAUCCAACUUAUAAAGUACUUUCCCAUGUUUUAUUAACCUGUAAAUAUAUAAAAUGUUAUCCUUAGCACUAGACUGAGGAAAUCUUUUACUUCUACUGAUUAAUAAUGAUUAGAUACUUUAUAAUAAUUUCAAACUAGAUUUAGUUUCGACUGAUUAUUACCUGUUCUUUUUAUGUAAGGAUAAAUUUGCUUUAAUACAAGCUUUCGUCAUGUCUUAAUUUGCUUCAUUGAAACUAACUUCAAACUAAAAAUAUAAUAUUGGACAACAUGCAAUGUCAGUAAGCAACACACUGUGGAUGUGAAUGUAAUUUCACAAGUGUCUGUCACUUAAAAAAAGUAAAUUACCUGUACUGUAUGAUAAACUUAAUUAUUCGGUUGAAAUUAAAAACAAACAAAAAUUGAACACAAAGCAUGUUUUUACUCUCUUUAGCAUAUAUUAAAAUUGUUUAUGUCUAUCGAUCUUUAUUUAGUUAAAUAUAAAGUAAAAAAUCCCCAUUUUAUUUUGUUCAUAUUGUCUUCUUGUAUCAGUAACUGUCCUCUGUUUGUUACAUUAAGCUUCAAAAGAUGUUAAGAUUAGUUAAUGGCUGUUAGUAAUGCUUGUGUUCCCGGCUCAAAAAGUAUGUAAUUUUCAUUAAUUUUUAAUUCUGUUUGUUCUGUGUUUGGAAAUAGUAUUGGUUUUUUACUGUUUGUUUAUCUAUCGAUCAUAUUUUUGUAAGACUAAUGUCUUUUUGUAUUGAAUAUUUUUUACUUAAAUAAUAUUAUUUCUGUGUUAUUUUUUCAAGUUUUCAAUAAAAGUUGAAGUGCCUUACAAUUUUGUGCCAUAAAAAUGUUAUUAAUGAA